GUAGUAUACUAAUAUAGUUAUUAUCAAUAGAAAGGCAUAAAGAAAAUAUCUUUUAGCCGAAGAUACCUCUAUUUAUAUACUACGAUGACCUCUAUACGGCGUCUUUAGCCACUGAAUAGCCGAUAAUUCCAGCUUUGCUCACCUUGCUCUCCCGCCUCACCCUAGGUGAGCCACUUUCACACUCGCUUACCUCCAGACUCGCCUUUAAAGCAGCGCGUGUAGGUGAGCCUCGAGAGAGCUUUGAAUGUUGAUUCCAUGUAAUGAGGCGCCAUCUUCAAGCAUCACAAAGCACAAUGAAUACCGCUGUCAAUGUCCAAGUUCUUGAACAGUGCAUUGCCUCGGGCCAGCUGAGUCGCGAGAUUUACGACAGGCUUGAUGCUGAAGAGCGGAGCUUCAUCGCAAAUUAUGAGAAACGGUCAGAGGCUAUUGAAGACCUCAUCAAACAGCUACAUGGUCACAUCACGAAAGAACAUGCCACUACUCGCGAGACUAUUACGAACACGAUUGGCAUGAUGGAAACCAACGAUCGUCAGCGGCAGGCCCGUGAAAACUUGCUCGAAAGCUUGAAAUACCCCCGGAUGAACGAGAGCAAGAAUACUAUACAUGAAAAGCACGACGGCACAUUUGAAUGGGUAUUCGAAGGACUGGAUUCUAGUGAAUACUCAACUUCUGACUCGGAGCUCCACGAUCAUAGCGACUCUGAGACCACCAGCGAUACGGAUGAUCCUGAAUGUUGGCUGAGACGCCAGAGACGCGAGAAAGUUGCAGAAGCCAGGCGAAAUCAAACAAACGCCGAUUUGCUAGGAUGGCUCCAGGGAGAUAUAUCUGGCACGUUCUGGAUCAGCGGGAAACCCGGAUCUGGGAAGAGCACAUUUGUCAAGUCCAUCAUGCCCGACAAGCAAACACUGAUUUCUCUGAGUAAAUGGCGUUCAAGACCGGAGAUAAUCACACAUUUUUUCUGGAAACCUGGGACACUCCUUCAACAGAACUUUCAAGGUCUGCUCCGUUCCUUUCUCCACCAAGUUCUGAGAAUAGACGUCGAUGUUUGUGCCCAGUUUCUGCGCAAGACGCCUGGCCUGAGGCGUAAGCACGAUGAGACUGACUGGGACAUGAAGGAGUUAAAACGACAUCUCCUCUUGGCGCUUCACUCCAGUAACCGCUCCUACCUCAUUAUCUUGGAUGGACUGGACGAGAUGGCUAAAACCAUACCGAGGACUGGAAGAGCUUUUCGACUUCCUGGACGAAUUGAUGAAAGACGAGCGGGCAAAACUCUGCCUUUCAAGUCGCCCCGAAAGAAUUCUCUUGGACAGGUUCUCUUCUUAUCAACGCUUACGAAUGCACGAUGUGAACUUCGAAAAUAUCUCCGAUUUCACUAUGAAUUCCCUCAAUGGCAUGAGCCCUAAGCCUCAUGAUCGAACGCGGUAUUUGAUCGCAAAUCAAAUCUUAAAGAAGGCAGAUGGCGUCUUCUUUUGGGUCCAUCUAGUGCUCCAGAACGUCAAAAACGGAGUUGAAGAGUUUGACGAAGACUGGGACGCUGUGUACCAACGUAUCCUUGAGCUACCACCGAAACUCACGGAGCUGUACAAAGACAUGUGGUCGAGGUUAGAUCAAAGGAAGGAAAACUACAUCGAAAUGGCAGCUCUUUACUUCAACAUUACGCGUUGGGCUGACACCGGUUUGAUCGCUAAGGGUUGGGCUGAAAAAGGAUUGACCCUUGCCUGUAUUGCCGUAGCCACGGACAACGCCAUCCUGGAGAGCUUCACUGAGCGGGAUGAGUCUACGCCAAUGGAUAUAGUAAAGAGAUACAAUCAUAUGCAUAGGAC